AUGAAGGUUCUUGGUGUGCUCCUAGCUCUUCUCGAGGUGUCAUCUGCAAUGUCCACACAUAAAAGACACAAGAACCACCAUAUCAGACAAAAACGAGAUGUCUGCUCCGGAAACUCAGCCGAUGACAGACAAACUUGGUGCAACUACGAUGUGUCUACCAAUUACUACGAGGUCGUCCCCGAAACAGGCGUGACAAGAGAAUAUUAUUUUGAUAUUCAGGAAGUCACUGUCGCCCCGGAUGGCUAUUCCCGCACAGCCAUAGCUGUGAAUGAAUCUAUUCCCGGUCCUACUAUCCAGGCUGAUUGGGGUGACCAUGUCGUGGUGCAUGUCACCAACAGCCUGGCAUCAGCGAAGAACGGAUCAAGUAUCCAUUUUCAUGGAAUUCGUCAGAACUACACAAAUCCAAAUGAUGGCGUUGUUUCCAUAACUCAGUGCCCGACUGCUCCGGGUACGAUGACUACCUAUAAGUGGAGAGUUACACAGUACGGAAGCUCAUGGUAUCAUUCUCACAUUGGGCUACAAGCCUGGGAGGGCGUUUUUGGUGGUAUUCUGAUCAAUGGGCCAGCUACCGAGAACUAUGAUGUGGACAAGGGAAUGCUGUUUUUGAAUGAUUGGAGCCACCGGACUGUUGAUGAGCUCUACGAAAGUGCCCAGACGGAUGGUCCGCCUACAUUAGAUAACGGCCUGAUUAAUGGAACUAAUGUGUAUGGCGCUGACAAUUCGACCAGUCAAACUGGAUAUCGUUUCAACACUUCAGUCUCCGCUGGUACCUCUUAUCGGUUUCGCUUGGUGAACGCCGCCAUUGACACCAUGUUCAAAUUCAUGAUUGACAAUCAUACACUCACGGUAAUUGCCAUGGACUUCGUUCCUAUCAAGCCUUUUAACACAACCGUCUUGAGCAUCGCUAUGGGCCAGCGAUACGACGUCAUCGUCAAUGCAGACCAAUCAGAUGGAGGUGAUAGUUUCUGGAUACGUGCGAUUCCCCAAGAAGCUUGUUCAGACAACGACAGUGUAGACAACAUCAAGGGUAUCAUGUACUACGGCGAUUCAAUAUCGACACCUACAACAAGCAAGUACAGCUAUACCGACAGUUGCGACGACAUGGACAUGUCCGAUCUGGUCCCAUAUCUACAACAAAGCGCAUCACUGCCAUACUAUAACUCGAGCGAGCCUGUAACACUGGGCGAGAACUCCGAGAAUCUCUUCCGCUGGAAGAUGAACGGCACUUCAAUGCAAGUCUACUGGGACAAUCCGACCCUCCUUCAAAUUUGGAAUAACGACACAUCAUUCGCACAAGAAAGCGGCGUGAUCGAGUUACCACGAGCGAACGAGUGGUCGUACGUUGUCAUUGAAACAGCCCUUUCUGUUCCUCACCCUAUUCACCUUCAUGGACAUGAUUUUUUCAUCCUAGCCCAAGGGACUGGUACAUACAGUUCUUCAGAUAUAGCGACCUUGACUAAUCCUCCUCGCCGUGAUGUGGCGAUGCUCUCCGGAUCGGGAUACUUGGUCGUUGGCUUUAAGACUGAUAAUCCGGGCGCGUGGCUUAUGCAUUGCCAUAUUGGUUGGCACACUGAAGAGGGUUUUGCAAUUCAGUUUUUGGAGAGAUAUGAGGAGGCUCGCGAACUGAUCGACUAUAGCUCCUUGCAUUCUACUUGUAAGGCCUGGGACAAGUACGUGAAUACGAGUGGUGUGGAGGAGGAAGACGACGGGAUUUAA